AUGAAUUUUACAAAACCACCGUUACCCUUCUUUGGAAAUAAGAGUAGAUGUAAAGAUAUUCUAUUGAGAGAACUUAAGAAACUACCGAAUGGUCUAACAUUUGUAGACUUGUUCGGUGGAAGUUUCUAUAUAUCUCAUUUGUGCCAUACCGUAUUCCCAGACGCAAAGAUUAUAUGCAAUGACUUCGACAACUAUAUGAACCGUCUCAAACAUAUACCAGACACAAACAAAAUAUUGAGUGAGUUGAAAGAAAAGAUACCUAUAGGUAAGAUGGAACGUAUACCAUUAGAUAAGAAAGAUAUUGUCAGAGAGGUUUUGAAAAAAGCAGAGUAUAUUGACUGGGAUAGUAUAUCUUCUAGACUAUUAUAUAGUGGUUCUAUAAGAGUUCAUGACAUUGAAACACUUAUGUCAAACGUUUUAUAUCUUAACUAUACAAACGUUUUCAAAGAGAACAUAGAAAAAUAUAUUGAGGGUAUAGAGUUUGUGAGAUGUCAUUGA